AUGGCGAUGGCAACUUUUAACCGCUUAAUGCGCCGACUUGUGACUGCAAUCAUUGCAAUAGGCUGUUUUGUGACUGUUUUCCUCAUGUAUUUUAAAUGGCCAAGUAAUUGGCUUGCAUCAUCAACACUACCAAUUCAGAAGGAAGAACAUCUGGAAGCAAAUGAGGUUAAUAAUAAGACCAUUGUUCUAUUAUGGCUGUGGCCUUUUGGCCAGUCCUAUGAUCUGGACACAUGCAGCCCCCUGUUCAAUAUUGAAGGCUGUUUUUUAACAGCUGACCGAGACCUAUACAAUAAGUCAAGUGGGGUCAUCCUUCACCAUAGAGACAUAAAAAGUGAUUUAUCAAAUCUACCACCAUUGCAGCGCCCACCUUUCCAAAAGUGGGUGUGGAUGAAUCUAGAGUCCCCGUCAUACACGUAUAAAAACCCAGGUCUUGGAAAUAUUUUCAAUUUGACUUUGAAUUAUAGGCAAGAUGCAGAUAUUGAAGUGCCGUAUGGGUCAGUUGUAUUCAGCCAAGAGGAGGGGGAAGCUUUCGUAUUGCCAAAUAAAACUAAAUUGGUCUGCUGGAUUGUGAGCAACUGGAACCUUGACCAUGCCAGAGCGUGGUACUACAAUGAAUUGCAUAAACACAUAGAGAUACACACCUAUGGAAAAGCCUUUGGAGAACACAUCAAUGAUCAAGACUUACUGGACACAAUAUCCAGUUGUAAAUUCUAUCUUUCGUUUGAGAACUCAAUUCACAAAGAUUACAUCACUGAAAAGCUGUACAACCCACUAGCUGCUGGAUCUUUGCCAAUUGCUCUUGGGCCACCUAGGCAGAACUAUGAGAACUUUGUGCCUGGAGAUGCCUUUAUACAUGUGGAUGAUUUCCUCUCUCCCAAAGAGCUGGCUAACCAUCUCACACUGUUACAUACAAAUGAAGAAAUGUAUCUGCGGUAUUUUGACUGGCGCAGACAUUUCAAUGUCAAGAGGUCCCAUUUCUGGGCUGAACACACAUGUCAUGCCUGCGAUUACAUUAAAAGACACAAGGAAUAUAAAGUUUGUAAUAACCUUGACACUUGGUUUUGGGGUUGA